UGCCGGGUAUUCGCGAAAUAGACAGGGCGUUGAAAACCCCCUCCCCUGAAAAGAACAACAAUAACAACAACAACAAUCCAGAGUUCGCGAUCGAGAGUUAAGUCCUUCGCCGGUGCAGGUUUAUUUUUUAUUUUUUCACCCCCCCCCCCAAAUUCUUUAUCACUGUGGUCUGUGGGAACUCAGACCGUCACCAACUGCCACCAAAGCAAUGCCCGAGACAACGCAAGAGACGUGCGCUCCGGCGAAGGACUCGCCUUUCUUCAUUAGGAACUUGCUCAACUGUGAUACCAAGCCGUCCAGGCCGAAGCCGAUCUUCGCCGCAGCCAAGGCGGCGUUGGACGGAGGUCUCCCGCUCUCCCAAGCCGGGGAAUUCAACUUUCAACGCUUCGAGCUGCCGGCUCAGAGGCUUGCCCUGCCGGCGCACUACCUGGAGCGCGCCUCGGCAUGGUGGUACCCCUACACGCUACACCGAGCGGAAGUUGCCGAGAGGGCAAACGCCCGGGACUCAUCUCCGACGUCGGGCACGGACAGGGACUCGCCGGACCUGGCGCUAAAGUCCGACCCGGACGUCAAGGACGAGGAGGACAACAAAAGCGGCGACGAGAUAAUCCUGGAAGAGAGCGACUCAGAGGAGAACAAGAAGGACGACGACGGCGCGGACGGUUGGAAGAAGCGGGAGGGGGCGGAGGAGGAGGGGGCCAACGCGGACAAGAAGCCGUGUCGCAAGAAGAAGACGCGCACCGUCUUCUCCCGCAGCCAGGUGUUCCAGCUGGAGUCCACCUUCGACAUGAAGCGGUACCUGAGCAGCUCCGAGCGCGCAGGCCUGGCCGCCUCGCUGCAUCUGACGGAGACCCAGGUGAAGAUCUGGUUUCAGAACCGCAGGAACAAGUGGAAGAGGCAGCUGGCCGCCGAGCUCGAGGCCGCCAACCUCAGCCACGCCGCGGCGCAGAGGAUCGUGCGCGUGCCCAUCCUCUAUCACGAGAACUCGGCCGCGGAGAGCGCCGGCGCGGCGGCCAACGUGCCGGCGAGCCAGCCGCUGCUCACCUUUCCCCAUCCGGUCUACUACUCCCACCCCAUCGUCACGUCGGUGCCGCUUCUCAGACCGGUCUGA